CUAAUACUGGAUGAGCUCCGCUGUGGACGGAGGAUGCUGCUUUGGGCCGUUCCAGCGUGUCGCGUUCGGAACCGGUUUACUGCACAGAACCGCGCCGUUUGCUGUUUGCUGCCAGGUCAUUUCUUCCCAACCUUAUGGCCGGUUGUACUUGGAAGAUUCCCUGGAUCUGGACGGGUCAGGGUAGUGCGUUUAGCCGCUGCUUAGCCCGCUAAGCCCCGGUACUUCCGUCCUGUUAUCUUGGUGGGGCCGCGGUGAACACUCCUUGGCCGACGCGCGUUGUUGACACGGAGUGGAAACACUCGGAGCUGUGCGUGACUAUUGGCUGCGCGUAUUGACUCAGGCUCUUGGCGAAACGGAUGCAACAGUUUGUGCGCCGGUGAAAGCUUUGUGGAUAAGACCGCUUCAGUGGGAACAUACGGAGAGGAACGUGGCUUCCUGCAGCUGACACGAUUUAAGCCCUGGACGAGAUGGCGUCUGCAAAUGCCACAUAUGGACAGAAGGAGACCACGGACCAGAACUUCGAUUACAUGUUCAAAAUCCUCAUCAUUGGCAACAGCAGUGUUGGAAAGACGUCCUUUCUUUUCCGCUAUGCAGAUGACUCGUUCACGCCAGCCUUUGUCAGCACAGUUGGCAUCGACUUUAAGGUCAAGACAAUCUACAGGAAUGACAAAAGAAUAAAGCUGCAGAUCUGGGACACUGCUGGCCAGGAGCGCUACAGGACAAUCACAACCGCUUACUACAGAGGAGCCAUGGGCUUCAUUCUCAUGUAUGACAUCACCAAUGAGGAGUCCUUCAAUGCUGUGCAAGACUGGUCAACCCAGAUCAAGACAUACUCGUGGGACAACGCUCAGGUCCUCCUGGUGGGGAACAAGUGUGAUAUGGAGGACGAACGAGUGGUAGCUUCAGAGAGAGGCCGACAGCUGUCAGAACAGCUGGGGUUCGAGUACUUCGAAGCGAGCGCUAAGGACAACAUCAACGUGAAGCAGACCUUCGAGCGGCUGGUGGACAUCAUCUGCGAGAGGAUGUCAGAGACUCUGGACAACAACGACCCGUCUGUGACAGGAACCAAACAGGGUCCACAGCUCAACGAGCAGCCUCAGAGGUCCCAUCAGGAUUGUGCUUGCUAAACACUACCACACACACACACACACAAGUGCGUUUUUACAUCCACGUGGGGACAUACCAUUGACAUUAAUUCCUUCCCUAGCCACUUACUCUAACCCCCACCAUCAUAAUUAAAGGCCUUUGCUCUAAUCCGAACCAAAACUCAAUUCUAAUCAGCCCUAAAAUCAUAUCUUGACACCUGGAAAAAGCCUUCAAACUUUGAGGGGACCGACCAAGUGUCCUCACCUCGAUAGCAAAAACAUGGUUUAUGGUCCCCACGUUGCAGGAAAAACAAGUGUACACACACACACACACACACACACACACACACACACACACACACACACACACACACACACACACACCUGUUGUCCAGAAAAACACAGACAUAUCUGCAUUUCUGACUUUUUUCUGUCUUGUAAUCACAACAACAUACAUUACAUAUAGACACUGCCAUACAUAGACACAAGCCAGGCUUCAUAGAGUCUAUAUUCUCCCCACACCACGUCUACAUGAGGUGGAUUGGGUGAUACUUUAGUCGGAGGGGUGUAGAACUCCAUAAUAUUGUAAUGCAGUCCAAGUUCCUGUAAUAGUUCAACACUCAUGAUGUAAUUUAACAGAAUGGAAAAAGUCGCGUCUGAUUUCACCGUUCCAUCAGUGGGGUGUAGUUACAGACGCUUGUGAUGGAGGGGUGUGUUCCUGCCUCAAACCUAGAAAGUCAUUUCCAGACGUUUUACUUUUUUUUAAUUUUCUUGCUGUGGGUAGAAGUGCUUUUUAAUAUUUUUAAAUUGGUUGGGUCUGGGUUCUGUUUUUUGAGCAUGUGAAAUCACUGGUCAUUCCUAGUGUUGUGCUUGAAAUUAUCAUGGUCCAAGGUUGAAUUUUAAAACAGGGUCAAGUUCUAAUGUUUCUUUAAAAACGUAGAAAAAACGUGGAUAUCAGGUCAUUAGUCACAUUAUUAGUAUAGAAUUUACUUUGAUUAGUCUUUUAUGUUCAGUUUAAUGGUAGAAGAUACGCAGCCUCAGAGGCCACUAGACCUUUUUUAUUUAUUUGGGUUUUUUUUUUUUGUUUUAUUUAUUUUCUUUGUACAAUUUUUAAACCGGUCCAAAUCAAAUGUUGUCUUUUACCAUAUGAGCAGAGUAUAUAAAUGUCUAAAGAUAAAUAGAUGCACAUUUUCUGAUGCAUUAAUAAUAUAAAUACAUAUUUUAACGUCUGAAUGAUUUAGGAUGUUGGAGUCCUAUCUGUGCUUUAGUGAGAGGUGCAUGUUGAUGUCAUAACCAUUGCUGGAUGGUUAUUUGUAUGAGCUGUGUUCUGAAUUUAAAUCCCAUCUGUCCUACGGUUUCAGUGCUCAUGGGGCUAAAGGUUUAACAUGUUAAGCUCAUGGCCCCGUAUAAUUGUAUUAACUUUCACGUACUGCACGCGCUCAGGAGCAAGGCACGUGGUGCAGCACAGACCUGCCAGGUCACUCAUCGCCCAGUCUCUCCUGUCUUUGUCGUCUUUUGCUGGGGAGGAAACGUGAUGUUUUUGCGCAUGUUAAAUUGUGAGUUGUUUCUCUCCCUAAUUCUUUGGUUAGGGAUUUGUCUGCUCAUGUUUAAAGUACAAGCCCUUGUGACGGUCAUACAUUCACAGAUGUGCUGAGACAUGAAAACUAUUUUUAACAUCUGUUGCAAAAUGAUGGGAUAUUAUUUAUUUUGUAUUUUUUAUAACUUAUUCGCAAAUUGUCAUCUUCUAUUAUAUAUUGCAACCUGCACUCGACUCAUGAGAUGUUCAGUAGUAUUCAGCUGCUUCAACUGUACCAGCUUUAUAACAGAUGUAGUUGUGUUCACUGUAAGAACCAAACUGCUUCACUAAGAUGAAAACGAAACACUGGCCGGUGUAAAAAGUCUCCAUCGUUUGUGUUUCAUAUCAGUGAGUGUGUGCAGCCGAUGGAUGUGAGGCGGACUGUUCCCGCACAGCAAUAGCAUCAGGUUCAUGUGGGCGUCUGUCCAACGGCAGCCGUAGACCUCCUCCUUUCCAAAGAGCUCUCACUUGAAUGUUUAGAGCCAUAAGAAGCUUUGCUCACUGCUACUUGUAUGUUUUGCGCCUCUGCUGUGGUUUGACAGAGGACAGUUCAGUUGGGAGGUAGACUGAACAUUAUGAACACUUCAUUAAAGUUAUUCUUCUGGCUUUUGUUCACUUUUUUUUAAUGGUUUGUUUUUCUGCAACACUUUGAUGACUUAGGAAGUCGUAUGGAUCCUGUAGAACCCUGCCCUCCUCUCCAUCUCCCCUGUAAAUAGGACUUUUCAGCCCCUUGGGUGUUAGUUGUGUAAUUUGUGCUGUAAUUCUGUAAUGCUGGAUUUGCUAAAACGAGGAAUCAAUAAAGAAAUUGUAAACGUUU